CUAGCUGGGUUUCACAUUCUAUUCAUCGUUCAUACACCAAUCAAAAGAAAGAAGAAAAACAGAGGAAAGGUGAAGAAAGGAGAUAAUGUCUGCUUAUGCCUUAUUAAAAUCUCUCUUCCUUCUCACCUUCUUCAUUGUAAGUUUGAGAGCUUCUGCUCAACUACAAGAUCCUACUUACGUCGGCCAUGUUUGCACUAACAGGAUAUCAAGAAACUCCACUUACUUCAAAAAUCUCGAAGUUCUGUUGUCCUCUCUUUCUUCUAACAACGCUUACUUCUCUUUGGGAUCUCAUAGUCUCACAAAGGGUCAAAACCCUGACAUGGUGUUCGGUCUUUAUCUCUGCAGAGGAGAUCUCUCGCCGGAAUUUUGUCGUGAGUGCAUCAUCUUUGCUGCUACAGAAAGUGGGAGUCGAUGUCCAGGUGGGAAAGAGUUCUUGAUUCAGUAUGACGAGUGCAUGCUUGGAUACUCAGACAGGAAUUUCAUGGAAACUGUAACCACAGCUACAAUAAUCACUUGGAACACUCAGAAUGUUACCCCGGACCAAUCUGUCCGGUUCAAUGGUGCAGUGGCUUCUCUAAUGAAAAAAUCUGCAGAGGAAGCUGCUAAUAGCAAUUCAAGCAAGAAAUUCGCGGUCGGGAAGUCGGAGUUCACUUCGUCAAUGUCUCUUUAUGCAUUGGUUCAGUGCAAUAUUGAUCUGAGUAGUGAAGACUGCUUAAGCUGUCUUCAAAAAUCCAUCCAAAAAUUAUAUUUCAACAAACUCGGAGGAAGGUUUCUUGUCCCGAGUUGUAACUCAAGGUACGAGACUUACCCUUUUUACAAUGAAACUUUAGAGGGAACUGUUCUUCCUCCGCCAGAUACGGCUCCUCUUCUGCCACCGGUUUCAGCUCCUCCAUUGCCGCCUGGAAAGGGGGAAAAAUCAACAGUGAUAACCAUAGCAAUUGUUGUGCCGGUCGCUAUCUCUGUUCUUCUCUUUGUAGCUGUUUUUAGCUUCUAUGUAAGAAAGAGAAAGAAGAAGCCUUAUGAUACAGGAGCUGCAAAUGAUGAAAGAGAUGAUGACAUUACAACUGCAGGGUCACUUCAGUUUGAUUUAAAGGUUAUUGAAGCUGCGACAGAUAAGUUUUCGAUAUUUAAUAAACUCGGUCAAGGUGGAUUUGGACAAGUUUACAAGGGAAUACUUCCUAAUGGAGUACAAGUUGCGGUAAAGAGACUAUCAAAAACAUCAGGACAAGGUGAAAAAGAGUUCAAGAACGAAGUUGUUGUUGUGGCAAAGCUUCAACAUAGAAAUCUUGUCAAGCUUCUUGGAUUUUGUUUGGAGAGAGAAGAGAAAAUACUUGUCUAUGAGUUUGUGCCUAAUAAAAGCCUUGAUUAUUUUUGUUUGGUAAACUCUAAUAUGCAGACUCAGCUGGACUGGACUACACGGUAUAAGAUCAUAGGAGGAAUUGCUAGAGGAAUUCUGUAUCUCCAUCAAGAUUCACGACUCACGAUCAUACAUCGAGACCUCAAAGCAGGUAACAUCCUUUUGGAUGCCGAUAUGAACCCGAAAGUUGCAGAUUUUGGAAUGGCGAGGAUUUUCGAAAUGGACCAAACAGAAGACAAUACGAGGCGAAUAGUUGGAACCUAUGGUUACAUGUCUCCCGAGUAUGCGAUGUACGGCCAAUUCUCAAUGAAAUCUGAUGUCUAUAGUUUUGGAGUAUUAGUUCUUGAGAUUAUAAGCGGGAGGAAGAACAGCAGCCUCUAUCAAAUGGAUACUAGUUUUGGAAACUUGGUUACAUAUACUUGGAGGCUAUGGAGUAACGGUUCGCCAUUAGAGCUCGUGGAUUCUUCAUUUCGAGAGAAUUUUCAAAGAGACGAAAUAAUUAGAUGCAUCCAUAUUGCCUUGUUAUGUGUCCAAGAAGAUAAUGAAAAUCGUCCAACCAUGUCAGCGAUCUCGAUCGCGCUAGCUGUACCAAAAGCACCUGGAUUUUUUUUCCGGAGUAAUCAUGAACAAGCAGGUCCAUCAAAGGAUAAAUCUUCUCUCUUUUCCAUUGAUGCUGCAUCUAUUACUACUGUAGUUCCUCGUUAAAUACAAAUUAGGAUAUAGGAUAAUUUGAGGUCACGGUGUGUAUGAAUGAAUUAAUCAAUGUUGAAGAAUAUAGAAAAUCCCUCGAGCAUUGACUCCAAUGAUAUUGUAUAUAUACGUCUAAUCCAUCUGUCCCCUCA